AACUUCUUUUUAACUGAUCUAAGCAAGAUUGCUAUCGAAGACCUUGAACUAAUUGCCAGAAACUGCAGUAAAUUAGUCUCCAUUAAAAUUAGUGAAGUCGAGAUCCUUGAACUAAUUGGCUUUUUCCGGGCAGCUACAAGAUUAGAGGAGCUUGCUGGGGGUGCCUUUAAUCAGCAAUCAGAAAUGUACGCAGCCAUUGCUCUCCCCAGAACUUUGCGUUUUUUGGGUCUAGGCUACGUUGGAGCCGAUGAGAUGCACCUAAUAUAUCCUUUUGCAACCUUACUGAGGAAACUUGAUCUUCAAUAUUCAUUGCUUGAUACAGAAGGUCACUGCCAGUUGAUUCAACGGUGCCCAAAUUUAGAAGUUCUGGAGGCCAGGAAUGUGAUUGGAGACAGAGGGCUUGAGAUUCUUGCUCAGUACUGUAAGAAGUUAAAAAGACUUAGAAUUGAGAGAGGCGCUGAUGAGGGUAUGGAGGACGAACAAGGGGUUGUAUCACAGAGAGGAUUGUCUGCGUUGGCACAAGGUUGUGUUGAGCUGGAAUAUCUAGCUGUAUAUGUUUCUGAUAUCACUAAUGCAUCGUUGGAAUGUAUAGGCACUCACUGCAAAAGCCUGUGCGAUUUUCGCCUAGUUUUACUCGACCGAGAAGAAAAUAUAACAGAAUUGCCCCUUGACAACGGUGUCCGAGCUCUAUUGAUGGGCUGCCAGAAGCUUAGGAGGUUUGCUCUCUAUCUACGAGAUGGGGG